AUGUAUCGACGGGAGGUUCGCCUGGAGAAUCUUCUCGAUCAACAAAAAAGUCACCAAAAAAAGCUGCCAGAGGAUCGUCAAAAGUAUCCACCAAUGGAUCGGCUGGAGAAUCUUCUCAAGGAUCAACAAGGAAGGCAUCAAGAGGAGCUUCAAGAGGAUCGUCAAAAACAUCGACGAGAGGAUCAACUGGAUCAUCAAUCAGAGGAUCGACGAGAGGAGCAGCCCGAGUAG